AUGUCAAAAUUAAAUAUUCGUGUUCUUUGUUCGUCGUCGGACUAUAGUUUGGUGAAAUGCUCAAAAUGUCAUGAAAAAUUAAAUACUUAUCAGUUUUGUUCUACCUGUGAUCUCCCUGCAUGGAGUAGCGGAAAUAAAAAAAUUGAUAAAAUUAUCAAAGAAGCUCAACUUGAAAUUUUCCUCGAAUGGGUUGAGUAUGAAGAAUUUAGUGAAAUAGAAUUAAUUGCUGAAGGAGGUUUUGGCAGCGUAUCAAAAGCAAUUUGGAGUCCAGGCUAUGUAAUUAAUUUCGAUGAAAAUCAAAGAAAAUUAGUUCGAGCAGGACCAAGUCUUGUUGCACUAAAGAUGAUAUUUAAUUCAAGUAAUGCAAAUUGUAAUACAAUUCAAGAAGUAAGUAAAUAUUUACUUUGA